UAUUUUUCUAUAUGGCUCUUCUUCGAUUUGAAGCAAAUUAUGAAACUAAUUUUUAUUAUACGUUACAGCUUGUUUGGGCCAAAACUUCUCUAUUAGGAUGUGGAAUAAGAAAAUGUAAUAAAGUGAUUGGAACCGUAAUGUCAAACGCAUACCUUGUAGUAUGUAACUAUUCUCCAGCUGGAAACAUCAUGAAAAACAAGAUUCUCAAUAAACCUUAUACAAAGGGUAAACCUUGUUCCAAAUGUCCUGGUUAUUGCACUUCGGAAUCACUUUGCAGAAAGAUUCCAACAAAAAGGACACUAUAUGAUCUUCUGUCAGGAAUUACAGAUACAGAAAGUGACUGGAAUGAAGAAAAAGAAGAGGAUUUAGAAGAUCAACGUAAAGACAGACGGAAUAAAGAAAAAGAAGAGGAUUUAGAAGAUCAACGUAAAGAGAGACGAAAUGAAGAAAAAGAAGAGGAUGAAGAAGAUCAACGUAAAGAGAGACGAAAUGAAGAAAAAGAAGAGGAGUUAGGAGAUCAACGUAAAGAGAGACGAAAUGAAGAAAAAGAAGAGGAUUUAGGAGAGCAAUACAAAGACUAA